AUGGGCCCCUGUAGGGCCCUCCCAUUGCGCUGCCAGGCCGUAAUCUGCCUGGGCCCCGUACGCCCUCCUCAUGCUGCUGCCAGGCCCAUAAUCUGCCCAUGGGCCCCUGUACCGCCUCCUCAUGCUGCUGCCAGGGUCCAGAGUGUGUCAUGGGUCCCUGUACGGCCUCCCAUUGCUGCUGUCUCCAUCGCCACACUUUUGCCAUGUGCCACUUUCAGGUCUCCUCACACUGCUGGUGGGUUUCCAUUUUGUCAUAGGGUGCUUAUGGCCCACCAUUGCAGCAGCCUCCACCGACACAAACUUUGGCUCCACACUCUGGUUUUUUGGCCCUCGUGACUGCCUCAAAUAGAGUGAAAGUGUUCGGUGAUUCUAAGAUCGACGGCAUCUCAUCUGCAUGUCAUACUGACUGACAGUAUUAUUUCUCUUCCCCAUCAGACUCCCAAGGGCCUUUUUACAUUAAAGUCCAGUGUUCUGCCCUAAUAUAA